AUACACGCUCACUUUUUUCUUGUGUUUCUCCCUUCACUUGGAAUUUGGAAACUGCUGCCGCGGUGAAGUAGUGUGACACUGUGCCUCCGCUACAGAGCCACAGACACCGCUUGUCUGCUCCACAGAUCGGUCGAUGCUGAUGUGAAAACAUCCAGAGACGAAGAGCAGGUUCAUAAAGAUGGCUGACUGUGCAGCUCACACUUGUGGAAUAUUCCUGGAUUACGGCAGAAAGACCUCUUUACUCCUCUGGGACUAGACUCGGUGUCUGUCGGGCUGAUUCGUCUUCCCUGUGAACUGCAGUUUUUAGUCCUUUAACACACUUUAGCUGACAUGGAUAAUUUAUACAUCGUGAUUGAAGUAGUGAUUGCUGUUCUCUCCAUCUCCGGCAACGUGCUGGUUUGCUGGGCCGUCGCCAUCAACACCACUCUGAAAAACGCCACCAACUAUUUUCUGGUGUCUCUGGCCGUGGCUGAUAUCCUGGUCGGGUGCCUCGCCAUCCCCUUCGCCAUAACCAUCAGCGUCGGCAUCCGCCUGGACUUCUACGGAUGCCUCUUCCUGGCCUGUUUCGUCCUGGUACUGACACAGAGCUCCAUCUUCAGCCUUCUUGCCAUUGCAAUCGACCGAUAUGUUGCUGUUAAAAUCCAUUUAAGGUACAAGGAGUUGAUGACAGGAAAGAUUGCCCGAGAGAUCAUCGCUAUUUUAUGGAUCCUCUCCUUUAUUAUCGGCCUCAUCCCUUUCUUUGGCUGGAACCUGAAGUAUUCCGCUUGUAACAGCUCCAGGGCAGACAACACUACAAACGCCACCCUCAUGCCGGAGCUGAGCGGCGGUGGAGGCUUGCUGCAGAGUUGCAGGCUGAAGUGCUUCUUUGAGAGCGUGGUGGACAUGCACUACAUGGUCUACUUCAACUUCUUCAUCUGCGUGCUGCUGCCUCUGCUCAUCAUGCUGGGCAUCUACCUGAAGAUCUUCACCGUGGCCAGGAAGCAGCUGAGGAAGAUCGAGCUCAAGUGCGUGGGGAACGGCGACAGCCACAACCACGGGCUGUUGCAGAAGGAGAUCCGGGCGGCCAAAUCCCUCUCCAUCAUCGUGGGACUGUUCGCCUUCUGCUGGCUGCCCGUCCACAUCCUAAACUGCCUCACGCUGUUCUACGGGGGGCUGAAGAAGCCGGAGAUCGUCAUGUACGUGGCCAUUAUUCUGUCUCACGCCAACUCCGCGGUCAACCCCAUCAUCUACGCUUACCGCAUCCAGGACUUUAGGGACACCUUCCGCAAGAUCCUGUACCAGCACUUCCUGUGCCGCAGGGAGGAGCUGUACGUCAGCUCCAACGGCAGUAGACGCAACAGAGACCAAAUACACAUGACCAUCGACCCUCUACUAUAGAAGGUCGAGCUGAGGAAGAGCGUCUUGAAUUUGAUUUUUACUGAGGUUUAUAAUGUUUACAGAAGAAGGGGUAGGAGGUGGAGCUGAAGCGCCUUGAAUGUGGACAUUUAUUUAUGAACUGUGCCAAGCGUCAGGGGUCGAGCAGUGAAACGUCGAAAAGUGAGUCUUAUGAAACUUUUGUAUUGUGAAGAAUUUCAGAUUUUUUUUUUUUUUUUUAAGUGAACUGGAUGUGUAGGACUGUGAACAGGAUCUUAACUUAAAAUGCUAUUUAUCAUUCUGAAUCCACCCUGUUACUACUAAUAUAAACACUUGUUUUGUAUUGUCAACAUUCAGAAAACAGUGUUUGAUCAUUUAUUUAUUAAAAACCUUGUGUUUGAGAAUGUAAACAUCAGAAAAAAACUUUGUGUGGCUAAAUCUGGACGAGGGAACCUAGAAAGGUAUAACAGCUGUCAUCUACAUCCCACAUUCAACCUCAUGACCACCACAGGCUCAAUAUACAGAAGGAAGGAUCUACAUGGUUAAAAGAGGAGGCUUAAACAAUUUUUCACAUUAUAUGGACAAAUACCUUUGUAUAGCAGAUAUUUUCUUGCUGCUAAGUGCCAAUGUUUGCAGGGACCCCUGUUGCUGCACUGUUUCAUCCUGCACAGAAGCUGCAUGCACAGGCGGAGGGACACGGUGGAGGACACAGAGGAAUCAUAACCAGGCACUCUCCAGCCAUCAACUUCACUAGAAGAAAAUGAGGACGAAUGGAUGCUUAAGCAAGAAAAACUUAUUUUCCUAUUCCAAGAAUCCUCUCUCAGAACCACAGGGGUCACAGAUUUUCAUCAUGACCCCCUGGGUCCGAUCCAGAGGAGGGAGUUUCCGUGCGUUCCUCGACAAACAACUUGAUUUGAUUCAGACCCGCAGCACCAGAAAUAAGUAGCAGUUCACCAAGACAUACCUAUAGUGGUUCUGCCUAUUAUUGCCAUAUUUCAUCAGACAAAGGAUCAGGAAGUGGGAAAGUGAUUGUAGGCUUCAUAGGAACAUGGCAUCUCCACAGGGCAUUUCCAGCUGCUUUUGAAUUAACAAGCCAGUUAAAGUUUCCUCAUCAUGCAAAUUCCCUGCUUUGCUCAGUUAACUGUAAAUGAAUGUUACUUGCCUGAGGAGUACAGCUGAUACAUGUGGUGGAGUAAAUAUAUUUACUUAAGUAAAGCACAGAUGCAACAUCAUAGUUUGAGGGAACGCAGCUGCUGCACUGCUCUCCUGCUCUUCAGGCACCUGAUGCUGUCUUUCUUCUCCGCAGGGGUGUGGUGGUCAGCAUUGUUCUGACGACAAGGGCAGAGGAAUCUCAGAAAAACAUCUGAUCUGAUUGAGAUUAAUCAGAGUCUGGUUUUUAUGGUGUUUGUAAUUUAUGUGUUUUCGAUCACCUGAGAGCCAUCACUACACACAUGGAAACACAUUGCACUGACAUUUUCGAGUAUUUCCCACAUGGUGUGCUCCAUUGGUCGUAUUGGUGUUAAACCAGUAUUCUUAAGUUGAGCACUUGCCUCGACUGCUUCAUUAUCCCCCCCCAUGUGUCCAGUGAACGACCUCUGACCUGACUUCAAGGGCUAAAAUACAGGAGUGUGCCGACAUUUUAGUACAUUCCAAUGGAGACAACUAUACUGUAACUGCACUGUAACGUUGUGUUAUAUUGUCAAUGUCGACUGAUGUGUGUAAAAAAUGUUCUGUAGGUGUCUGUCUUUCUACGAGCUCUUCAUUGAUGUCAAACGUCAGCCUUGUUCUUUUUGUGAUUUAAAAAUAAGGAAAGAUGGACAACAACAAGUUGAUCUGGUUCAACAUUCCUGCCUUUCAUUCCGAAGUAGCUAUCUGUCGGUGUGCUAUAGUGACGUUACUAAUCAGGAAAAAACAUCCACUGUGCUCGAGCUGACAUGCAACCUUAUCCAGAGGCCAUUUUUUUUUCAUUCAACAAAACAACAGCUGCGAACUGAUACUGCUAUUUAACAUGAUGCAAUCUGUAUGUAUGGUGAAGUGUUUUGUUAAUAAAGUUCAUGUUUAUAUUGUUA